AUGGGGCUGGACCAGCGCGGUAGCCAUGGAUAUGGUAAGAUGCAACCAGUUUCUAGAUAUAUUUUGAAGGUUAAGCUCACAGGAUGUGAUGUCAGAUUGUGGGCAUGAAAAGGAAAAAUCAAGGAUGACUUCAAGGUUUUUGACCCAAACAACUUGGAGGACGGAAGUGCCCUCAGUGAAGACUCUCAUUGGAUCCUACUGACAACACUACGUGAUGGAGUUUACCGUUACUUCCAAUCUCCAGAUGGGGAAACUGAAGCUCAGAGAAGUAAAGCCCGUACCCCAAGGUCACACGGCAAGAAGUGUUUGACAUGGGAUCCGAACCCAGGUCCUUCUGACUCCAAACCUAUGUCUGUCUUACUUUGGGGACCAACUGUGUCUCUCUCUCCCAGAGCUCCAGAGCCUUCCCAUUCUCCCUCAUUUCCAUCUUCUGUUGCCAUGACAACGAAACGCAGUGUAUCAGUUUCCUAUGACUGCUGUAACAAAUGACCACAAACUUGGUGGCUUAAAACAAUAUAAAUGCAUUAUUCUGGAGGUCAGAAGCCUGACAUGGAUCUCACUGGGCUAAAAUCAAGCUGUCAGCAGGGCUGCGUUCCUUCUGGAGGCUCCGGGAGAGAAGCAGCUUCUCGGCCUUUUCCAGCUUCUAAAGGCCACCUGCAUUCCAUGGCUCGUGGCCCCUUCCUCCAUCUUCAAAGCCAGCAAUGGCCGGUCGAGUCUUGCUCACAUUAUAUCACUCUAGUGCCCACUCUUCUGCCUCCCUCUUCCCUGUUUAAGGACUCAUGAGAUUACAUUGGGCCCACUUGGUUAAUCCAGAAUAAUCUCUCCAUCUCCCCUUCAGCAGGUUAGCAACCUUAACUCCAUCUGCAAAGUUAAUCCUCUCCUUGCCGUGUAACAUAACACGUUCAGAGGUUCAGAGGGAUUAAGAAGUGGACCUUUUUGGGGAGAGACUUUCACUCUGCCCACCGUAUCCAGUGAGGUCACAAGGGCCUCUGUGACCUCAUCAAUCCCCUGGGACCCAAAGUUACAAGGUGCCCCUCCCACACGGUUGCCAGAUGGGCAAACCUCUCACCAGGGGUUUGAACCUAAGUGUCCUGACCUUCUGGCUGCCAUGGGGGCCCAACCUGAGGAGGUUCAGAAGCCUUGCUUGAGGGUCCAGACCCUGUUGAAGAGGGUCAAUGCCUUAUUCAUCAAAGCCCCGCACUCACCCUUCCUCCCACCCCCACCCCCACCCCUCCUCCGGAACCCAGGCUGUACACACGUGUAUGGGUACGUGUUUGGGCACGUGGGUGAAAAUGAUAUGGAGCACCUCCCAUCGCAGCAGGUACUGGACACGGGAGAGCAGCUGAUGGUCCCCGUGGAGGUCCUGGAGGUGGGUAAUGAGGGGGCCUUGUGGAAGUUUCUGCUCUCGGGAGCCAUGGCCGGGGCGGUGUCUCGUACCGGCACAGCCCCUCUGGACCGCGCCAAGGUGUACAUGCAGGUCUACUCCUCCAAGACGAACUUCAUGAACCUGCUGGGGGGGCUACGGAGCAUGGUCCAGGAGGGGGGCUUCCGCUCCCUAUGGCGGGGCAAUGGCAUCAAUGUACUCAAGAUUGCCCCCGAGUAUGCCAUCAAAUUCUCCGUCUUUGAACAGUGUAAGAAUUACUUCUGCGGAGUGCAUGAGUCCCCACCCUUUCAGGAACGUCUCCUUGCUGGCUCCCUGGCAGUGGCCACCUCCCAGACGCUGAUCAACCCCAUGGAGGUGCUGAAGACACGGCUGACCCUGCGCCGGACAGGCCAGUACAAGGGGCUUCUGGACUGCGCCAGGCAGAUCCUGGAGCGGGAGGGCACCCGCGCCCUUUACCGCGGCUACCUGCCCAACAUGCUUGGCAUCAUCCCAUACGCCUGCACUGACCUGGCCAUCUAUGAGAUGCUCAGGUGCUUCUGGCUGAAGUCAGGCAGGGACAUGGAGGACCCUAGUGGCCUGGUGAGUCUGUCAUCUGUGACGCUGUCCACCACCUGCGGCCAGAUGGCCAGUUACCCGCUGACUCUGGUGCGCACCAGGAUGCAGGCCCAAGACACCAUGGAGGACUCCACCAUGCGCGGAGUCUUCCGGCGGAUCCUGGCCCAGCAGGGCUGGCUGGGGCUGUACCGAGGCAUGGCUCCCACAUUACUGAAGGUGUUGCCAGCAGGCGGCAUCAGCUACGUGGUGUAUGAAGCCAUGAAGAAGACCCUGGGGGUAUAGGCAGUGAACUAGGUGACACACCCUGGGGAGAAAUAGACAGGAGGCUCCAGUGUCCCCUGGCCCCAUGAGCCCUCCAGGCUCAGGCCCUAGGGCAGUUUGUGUCAAGAGAAGCAGGCUGGGGGCCUGGGUCAGAAGAUUUGUGGGGCCCCCUCCCCAGGGUGCAGCCAGGACUAGUCUGGACUCCAGUGUGGCUCCUGUGGCCUGUCCUGGCUCCAGAGCGAAAUGGUGAAUGUGGAGACCACCACGAAUAAAGAGAUGGUUUCUGCUGUACGUGUCUGGGAUACCUGGGUCGAGAAGGGAAGAUGGGGA